AUGUCUUCGCCCUCCCCCGAGACACCGUACACCAAAGAUGACCCCGAGCUCUCCCGCGCCGCCAGCUAUACCGACCUGCACAGCCAACCCGCAGAGCCCACCCUGCGGCGAACCUUCUCCGAUUAUGCCGUUCCAGCACAGGCAGAAGAGCCCACCAAAGAGACCGUGGCGGCGGGGAAAGACAUCCUCCGCCGGACCUCGCUACGCUCCAAGGACAAGGAGCAAGUCUCUGUCUCACGUUUCACGCUGUCGUCAUCCGAAGAUCUGAAGGACACGGAGUCCAAUGUGCCCGAAACCAGAGCUCCGGAGCCCGCGGUGCGCCCCUCCAAAACUCGCUCGAUGUCCGGACGCAUCGUGAGCCUCGCCAGAAAGCCAUGGAGCUCCUCCUCUCGAUCCCCGUCGCCCUCCGCCAAACGAUCUAAGCAGCAAGACUCCCAGUCACCUACAAGAUUCGGCCGAAAGUCGGACGAUGAACAACCCCCCUCUCGCAGGCGAACGAUCCUCUACAAACGCCCGCGUCGCCCCGUGCUAGCAGUCGUAGCCAAGGAGUCCGAAGAGAACAACAGUACUCCCAACAGCCCAUCGAGCAAUCCGCUCCGACACCGGUCAUCGUUCGAGAAGUUCACCGCUUCACUUUCCGUUUCAACUCCGGUGCUCCCACCCAUGCCAAAGGGCGCCGCAGAGACAGCCGCAGCGUAUGCGAACGGGAGUCCGGAGAUUCCGCGGAAGAAGGACGAGCUUUGGGGCAUCUUCCGUGGCUUGGAGGCGGACUUCCAAAAUCGCCAUCACCUCCAUGCAUCGUGCAAGAAUCUCAGACCAGAGGACCUGGACCGCCGAGUCAAUAUCCUCAACAAAUGGUGGGUUGGGAUGCUCGAGAUGCUCAAUGGCAAAAACAAUCAGUCAAUAUCCGGGACCGAUAGGCCUGUCUUUCUAGAAGCUGUGGUCGGAAUUAUGGCGCGACCGGAAUGGCGCAUCACAUUCCCUAUGGCGCAACAAGGCAGUGGACCGACAGACUCGUUGAAAUAUGCGUCAACAUCGGUUUCGGAAACGUCAGACGGGUCAGCCUCCUCAGGCUCGGACUUCCUGGUUGAAUCAAUUCAUCACAAUAUUCGCAACAUCUUCACCCAGAAUCUGAUCUCUCAGAUGUCCUUUGUGGUGGAACGCAUGUCCAUGCGCCAUGCGCCGGCAAGCCUGGUCGCAUUUUGCGGAAAAGCCUGCGCAUAUGCCUUUUUCUUCUGUCCUGGUAUAUCUGAUAUCCUAGUCCGCCUGUGGUGUACGCCGCCCAAUCUGUUCCGACGCAUUCUGUCCGACGCCACGGGUCCACGGAGCAUGAAUACGCGCGCGGAGACCCAAGAGCUCGCAUCCUGCUUCCCCCCAGCCCUUCGCCCUCUUGCUUUCCACUCGCAGGCACCCUUGCUGCGGUAUCUGCGCCAGAAACCGGACACUCCCUUGAACAUCAGUCACAUCAAUUGGAACCGCCCGUGGAUCACACGGUGGGCGGGCCGUGACACCGAUCUGUUUUUUGUCUUCGUGAAGUAUGUGCAUAUAUUGUAUUCCGAGUAUAUUCCUUCGGAGACCGACAAAGCGAAGCGAAUAUUCUCUCCUGGCCUCCUCUUGGUUCAUGCGCAGCUAUUGCUUGUACUUGAGGAUACUCUAUACAAGCAGUCGACACCGCAAGCAACCGAAAAUCCUCACUCCACAGCAGCCAUCACCUUUGAUGACUUCAUCGAGUCGCCGGACGCCUCUGCUUCCUCUCAGCAACUUCGGAGCGGCAGCAAUAGUCACCGGUCGAUGGCUGAAAACCGGCUGGUCAUCCUCCUUCGGGAUCUGCUCUCGGAAUCCUCCAUUGAACCAAACCGCGCUCGACUUCUGUUCGCCGAAUCUUUCUGUUGCAUUAUCAAGGCUGCUGCGCGAAAAACAUCGUUGUUCGAUCAUAAUGCAUGCUUCUUGCUGUGUGAUUUCCUUGAAGAAGUUAUUCCUAUCAUCACUCGCUAUGCCCAAUCAAUCGAAACCGAACUUUUUGACUGGGAAUUUUGGCAGGAGGUUUGCCGGCAAAUGAUGCAAAGUCACAACUCGCUGACCGAGGUUCGAGUUUUCUCAUUUCUCUUCUGUGUCUGGGGUACUUGGGUCGCAACGGAAGAAAGAAAGGCAUCCCUCUGUCUAGAUUUCCUUCUCCACGAGCCGACAUUCUACCACUAUUUCAACCACUGGAGCCCGAUGGUGCGUGCAUACUUCCAUCGCCUGGUGUGCUGGAGGGUUGGCCGGUUCCAAACCGACCCGUCAUCGUUAGAUUCGAUGGUCUAUGAGACCCUUUCGGAUCGCCUUCUGCGCGUUUGGGAGUAUUACAUCGGGUUCCAGUCUAAAGCGGAAGAGAACUUGACCGCCCCCUUGUCCUCUGCCCCCUGUACCCCGGCCCCUGGUCGAAGAAUCAUCAUCAUCCGAUGUGACAACCAGUUGUCUCCAGUUAAUUUGUUCGUCAGCUUCGACCGGGUCAUCCCGCCUGCUCCUCCAGACCAGGUCACGCAACACAGACGAACGGGCUCCGCAGAUUCAGCUGGAUCAGAUGGUCCGCCCUCGAAACGGCGCUGGGGACUUUUCAAAUCCAUGUUUGGAAGCUCUUCCAGCUCCCGUCCGGCUGAGAGCAAUAAGAACGGCAGCUCGGAUGACUCCGAAUCUGGCGCAGACUCAACUGUGACCCCUGAAAGCAAAUGUAUGGACGACCACGAGCCGACUCCAAGUAACAGCGCAGAGGAACUCGUUCAACCCAAACCCCUCCACCAACCAUUCUUCUUCAAAUUCUCUCUAGAGUGGAUGGAUCGCCCGCAAUGGCCCACCAAAAACAAACGCCUCUUCACACCCUGUCUCCCCGUCGCCUCCCAAUUACACGUUGAUCAUCGCCGUUCUCCUGAUAAAUCAGAAUAUGACACCGCGUCCGAGAACCCGGCUGCAUCGGACAUUGAGAGUGAAACGAACUCCCCCGACUCAGAUCAAGAUACUCCCACUCAACCUACUUCGGACUGGCCAAGAACCCCGACCACGAAGAAUUCACCUCUCCCCGAACUCCCGCCCCAACCUUCCCACAGCCACCUAGUGUCUAGCAAGUACGCAGGCCGGGCACUGGCAGAGUGGGCGCACAUUGUGUCCGAAUGCGAUAGCUUCUUCGCUCGCCGUCGUGACGAAGGCGUCCCUACUGACCAUAUGGUUGAAACACCCACCUUGGGCGUUGAAAGCUUCCGCAAAUAA